UUAUUUUCGUGUUAUUGUUAUCGUCGCUAACAGAACAAACAAAGCGAGAACAUGUACAAGGCUUUCAUAGUAAGUCUGCUUUUGGCUUGGAUUGCAGUUUGCACUGCUUACUGUCCUCCAUGUGGUAGAGGAUACGGCGGAGGAUACGGAGGAGGAUACGGCGGAUACGGAGGAGGCUACGGUGGAGGAUAUGGAGGAGGAUACCCAGGAGGAUAUGGAGGUGGAUACGGAGGACAUCAUGGUAUGGGAUCCUCAGGCAUUGGAAUUGGUGCUACUCUUGGAAUUGGGUUAGGUCGUUAAGACAAAUAAUACUUUUUAUAACCAUAGGUGUCUACUUUAAAAAGAUUUAUGAAAUGUGUGA